AUUUUGCCUCCAUUCAACGAAGUCCUGAAAGGCUGUAGGAUAUUCUUCACGUCAUGUUUUCAGCUAGGUUUUCUACCUAAGGCAAUAUUCUUCGAAAGUCUUGCAACGAACAGAGAUUCCAUCAAUGUCUUUUUGAUUCUUGGCAUAUUGAGUGUCUCAGCAAGAUUUACCAAAUGUCUCGUCAAUAGAUAUGGAGACGCAACAAAAGCAACCGACUAUUUCAUCAAUCGUGCUAGUGAGCUUCUUCCAAAUGAGAUAUUUAAACCGAGUGUGGAGAGAAUACAAGCUUUAUUCUUGCUUGGAGUUGCAGAAUGGGUGCAAGGAAAUCGUACGAGGAGUGCGAUCCUCAUGGGUAUCGCAGUGAGAAUGGCCAGCAUCCAGCAUCUUCAUCGAGAAGAAAGCUACAUGCUCCCUGAAAAUCCAACAACAGAGGAUGUCAUCAAUUCCGAGGUUGCUCGGAGAACCUUUUGGGUCCUGGAAAGUCAAGAUCAUCUGUACUCGGAGCAUAAUGCAGCAGUGGCCUUUCCUCUGAGUGACAUUACAGCGCUCCUUCCGUCCGAUGAAAUUGAUUUUGCAUAUGGCAUCAUACCAGCAAAGCGGGCUGCCCUUGGAGGCACCAAAGCUGCAAUUAAAUGCCCAGGACUCGUUUCGCUUCCAUGCCGCUCCCCAUUCGCAACACUAAUACAAGCCCACAAUCAUUGGGGAGAAAUAGCUCGUCGAGCAGGUCGAGCAAGUCGAAGUAAAAGAGAGAAAGCAGAUCAAGACAUUAAACCUUGGGAAGAGAAUAGUGAAUACUCCCAGUUGACGAGGUCUUUGAAAGAGUGGGAGGAAAAGGUGACUCCUCGCCAUCGAUGGUCGUUGAUCAAUCUUCGCGGGCACAAAGCCGAAGGCCUGGACUUGGCGUACCUGUCGCAAGUAAUGGUGGUCAGAAUCAACAACAUCGUUAUCCGGCGCAUCUACUUGGAAGAUAUUCUCCAGUCAAAAUUGGGAACUUCAUCCUCCGAAUACUCAAUGCCUGACUUCUGGACUCAGAUGUCACACGAAUUGUUCACCAACGUGUACAGUUUGCAUGAAUCGUUUGACACAUGGUUCUCGCUUCGCUCUCCAGAUGAAGGUAUCCCUUCAAUCGUGGUAUUCUGCGUGUACAUAUGUGGAUCACUUGCCUCAUAUCUCUGGAAGUGGCCUCAGCUAUGCCCAGAGCUCGCAGAAGGCGCUGAAGCUAUACUGAACCGUUCACUUGAGGUUCUUGCCGCUUUGGUUGAUCGUUUGCCCAGAGUUUCGAAAUGGUUGAAUGCAUUACAGAGUUUAGCUGUUCCAAUACAAAAUCAGAGUGCC